AUGUCUUUUCGUCAAAUCACCAACACUGAUUCUCUCUUUUUUCAUUUCCGUCAUCUCAACAACACCUCUUCGAGUCACAACAGACACGAAGAUUCUUCCCUUCUCGACCAAUUGGAACGUUUUCAAUAUUCUCUCUUUUCCAAUAUUCGCACCGAAGGUCUUCGAGAACGUGAUCCUCUCGUUCGAGAAUAUGAACUAACGCUCGAAAGAAGAUUUCAACAACAACAACAACAAUUAAAUUCCAUGUAUCGAUCAUCGGCAACAUUGAGUCCAUCUCUUUCCUCGAGUGCACAUGUUGAAGAACGUGCUGAUGAUGACAAUGACGAUGUCAUGCUCUCAGAGCCAGAAUUGGAAGAGACCACAGUGAGUCGAGGAUUAAAUUUUGAUUUAAAUGAAGGAUAUAUUAAUGAUGAGGAAAUGAUGGCUGCUGGUGUGUUUUAUGGAGAUGAAGAUGAUGAACAAGUGUAUGAAGAUAUUUAA